UAUAAACGAUCUGUAUAGGUCCGGGUAAAGGUGGGGCGCUCAGUCUGAUGAUCAACUUGUAAAAGUUUUCUGAGACGGAUUUCUGGGAGGACGGCAGGGAAACACGGCAGCGGGAAGUGUCGUUUGGUUUGAGCCAAUCAGCUUCCAGAGGAGCUGAGUCCUGGUUUGGUGUCAGGACCGGUUCUGAUUCCGUCCCAGCUGGACCGACCGGACCGGAACCAUGUCCUCCGGUAAGAAUAAGGGCCAGAACUCGCUGACCCUCCACAAGGUCAUCAUGGUGGGCAGCGGCGGCGUGGGGAAGUCGGCGCUGACGCUGCAGUUCAUGUACGACGAGUUCGUGGAGGACUACGAGCCCACCAAGGCAGACAGCUACAGGAAGAAGGUGGUUCUGGACGGGGAGGAGGUCCAGAUCGACAUCCUGGACACGGCGGGGCAGGAGGACUACGCCGCCAUCAGGGACAACUACUUCCGCUGCGGCGAGGGCUUCCUGCUCGUCUUCUCCAUCACCGAGCAGGAGUCCUUCACCGCCAUAACCGAGUUCAGGGAGCAGAUCGUCCGGGUGAAGGAGGAGGAGGCGAUCCCGCUGCUGGUGGUCGGGAACAAGUCGGACCUGGAGGACCGGCGCCAGGUGAACGUGGACGACGCCACCGCCAAGGCGUCCGGCUGGGGCGUCCCGUACGUCGAGACGUCGGCCAAGACCAGAGCCAACGUGGACAAGGUGUUCUUUGACCUCAUGAGGGAAGUCCGUAAGAAGAAAAUGGCGGAGAGCAAAGAGAACGGGCCGAGCGGCGGCAGGAAGAAGCGGCGCUGCUGCGUGCUGUAGGUGGAACUGAGCGCGCUCAGACCGCGGCGCUCGGCUCCCGUUUAGCUCUGCUCACAUUCCUGAGGCUCUGAAACACUCGUCUGCACCCUGAGUGACCUCUGACCCCGUCUCCAAUCAAGCUUCGUGUUAAACUCUGUAAUCAUGCCACAGAAUCGGACUCUAAGGGAACUCGGCUUCAAGCUUCUCUGGGAAAUAGGAAUAUUAUUAUUAUUAUUGUUAUUAUUCUGCACCAACACUCAUUAUUGUUUAUAUCUGAUUAAAUCAAGUUCUGUUAGAAAAACA